AUGGCGCCUCCCUUGCUCCACGCAACGUUUGCUGCAGAUGUACCUGUAUAUGCACUAGUAUUUGCAGGGGAUGAUCAUGUAGUCUUUGUUGGUGGCGGUGGCGCAGGUCGCAGUGGUGUAGCCAAUGUCAUUAAAGCGGCUUCCUUGCCGAUUGACCCAGAGAAGCCCUCGCUUCGCCCAGCUGGUGAGCUGAAGCUCAGUUCACAGGAAGAUGCGCCUAUGUGUUUGGCCAUCCAUCCCUCGCAUCCGCAUCUCGUGUGCGGUAUCAAUGCCGCCGCCGAUCAAAUGAGCACAGGCCCUAAUCAGCAUGUCCGGUUGUUCGAAUAUCAGAUCCAAGAUAUGGUCGAUCCUACGGAGGAGACGGAGGCAACGCCUGGCCUCAUGUCCAUUCAGCCUACGUCGUCGUACGAAUCCUUGGGCUUGUCCAACCCUGACCAUUACCAAAAGACGGCCACAUUCUCCCCCGACGGCAAGUUCCUGGCUGUUGCCAGUACCAAUGGCCUGGUUCAGCUGCACCGCUACCCGAGUAUGGAGACAGUCUUUUCUACGCAUGUUGGCGUCCUGUCGCUUGACGAGGAAAUUUACGAUACAGACUUUUCGCACGACAGUCGUCAGCUGGCUAUUACGACGGCCAAUCGUCUGCUGAUUCUUUCCACAGCGCCCAAAACGACCGAUGGAGAUACACCUACGUUCUCACCACGCAUUCUGCAGACCAUUGAACAACCGAAAGUCGGUAGUGGGAAAGGCCAAUUCCGCAUGGCGAAGUUCGGGCGUGGUCCGUUGCUGCAUUCAAGCUCAAAACAUGCACUGUAUACACUCAUCAAUGACGAAAGUGUGCCUGGGAGCAAGGCACGCCGGAGUUACGUGGCCAUGUGGGAUGUCGAUACAUGGACGGUGAAAAAGAUUCGUACCGUCUCGCAACGCCCUGCUACCGUGUUGGCUGUCAGUCCUAAUGGCCGGCUUGUGGCUGUGGGCGCCUCUGAUAUGACACUGAGUGUUUAUCGUGCGUCUACAUUGCAAUUCCUGUGCAAGGCAGACAAGGUCCACGAUUUCCCGCCGACAUGUCUGGCGUUCUCCCCCAACUCUCGCAUGCUCGUGAGUGGCAGCGCGGAUUCAUCUGUGCGUGUGACGGUGCUGCCUACGCAUCUGCUGCCUCGGCACGUCAUUUCGGAUGAAUCUAUUUUUGUGGUGUUCUGUAUCCUCCUUGUGCUUGCUGCCAUGAUCAUUCCGUCGUACCUGCAGGACUAA